UCCGGAAGACCCGGAGGAAGACAGAGAUUGGAGGUUCAGGCAGUGACGUAACUUUCUGCCUUAGGUGGCCUUCCGCUCUGGCGGCUGUUGGGACAGGGGUUCAGGGAAUAUUUACUGGGGCUCCACGCUCCCUCUGCUCUUGGAAGUGCCAUGAGGUCAGUAAGCUACGUGCAGCGCGUGGCGCUGGAGUUCAGCGGGAGCCUUUUCCCGCACGCAAUCUGCCUUGGAGACGUUGAUAACGAUACGUUAAAUGAGCUGGUGGUGGGAGACACCAGCGGGAAGGUGUCUGUGUAUAAAAAUGAUGACAGUCGGCCAUGGCUCACCUGUUCCUGCCAGGGAAUGCUGACUUGCGUCGGGGUUGGAGACAUUUGCAAUAAAGGAAAGAACCUGUUGGUGGCAGUGAGUGCUGAAGGCUGGUUUCAUUUGUUUGACCUGACACCUGCUAAGGUGUUGGAUGCUUCUGGGCACCACGAGACACCAAUGGGAGAGGAGCAGCGUCCAGUCUUCAAGCAGCACGUCCCUGCCAACACCAAGGUCAUGCUGAUCAGCGACAUCGAUGGAGAUGGGUGUUGUGAGCUGGUGGUGGGUUACACAGACCGUGUGGUGCGAGCUUUCCGCUGGGAGGAGCUAGGUGAGGGUCCCGAACAUCUGACAGGGCAGCUGGUGUCCCUCAAGAAAUGGAUGCUAGAGGGUCAGGUGGACAGCCUCUCAGUGACUCUGGGGCCACUGGGUGUUCCUGAACUGAUGGUGUCUCAGCCAGGCUGUGCUUAUGCAAUUCUGCUGUGUACCUGGAAAAAGGACACUGGGUCCCCUCCUGCCUCUGAAGGGGCCACAGAUGGCAGUAGGGAGGCCCCAGCUGCCCGAGAUGUGGUGCUGCACCAGACAUCUGGCCGUAUCCACAACAAGAACGUCUCCACUCACCUAAUCGGCAAUAUCAAACAAGGCCACAGCACUGAGAAUGCUGGCUCUGGCCUCUUUGCCCUGUGCACUCUGGAUGGGACGCUGAAGCUCAUGGAGGAAGCAGACAAGCUGCUAUGGUCAGUGCAGGUUGAUCACCAGCUCUUCGCCCUGGAGAAAUUAGAUGUCACUGGCAACGGGCACGAGGAGGUAGUUGCAUGUGCCUGGGAUGGACAGACAUACAUUAUUGAUCACAACCGCACCGUCGUCCGCUUCCAAGUGGAUGAAAACAUCCGUGCCUUCUGUGCAGGCUUGUACGCCUGCAAAGAGGGCCACAACAGCCCCUGUCUCGUAUACGUCACUUUCAACCAGAAGAUCUAUGUGUACUGGGAGGUGCAGCUGGAGCGGAUGGAGUCUACUAAUCUGAUAAAACUGCUGGAGACCAAGCCGGAGUACCACAGCCUGCUGCAGGAGCUGGGCGUUGAUCCUGACGACCUCCCUGUGGCUCGUGCCCUGCUUCACCAAACGCUCUACCAUCCGGACCAGCCACCACAGUACGCUCCCUCAAGCCUCCAGGAUCCCACCUAGCUGUACUUGCCUCAUAGUUGGUGAAGGAUUCUUCUGAACCCCCACCCUACCCCCUAAAGGUAUCUGUGGUAUUGGCAGGAUAGGGAAUAUGCAUUACAGAAGUGCAGGAUUUCACUCUGGGUGUGAAAGAUGGCAGCAGCCCUAGGAUGACCACAAACUAUAGACCUUGCAGUCUUUUUGGUGAAA